UAAGUUGCCAUGUGUCACACAAAGACAAAACAAAAACAACAUUCAGCUCGUAUGUACGGACAUGACUCCUGUCGUCUAGAUCUCUGCUUGCCUUGUUACCAUAAUGGACUUUGGGAAUGAUUGGAUUGUGUAUGUCUUACUGUGUAUCCUUGUGUGUUUCAGCUCACCUUGCAAAGAUUAAGAAGAACGAGUAAAGAAUCCGUCAUCACCGAAUGCCAUUUUUAUUUUGUUCGUGCCGCUUGUUCUGUGCAGGCCGACAUGGGAAGAAAGCUGCGACACUUGUUGAUUUUACUUCUUAUCAUCCUGGAGAAGCCCAACAUGCCAGAAUGUAGCAACAUCUGUGAACCAUCAUCACGCGGCAGAUGUCCCAAUCUUGGCCUCACCAACAUCCCUCAGAACCUCCACCAUCUACCCGUGAAUUAAGGUUAGAAAAUAACCAGAUAUCCAAUAUACAAUCUAUGACAUUCUCAAAUUUCCCGAGGCUCAGGUUUGUGUACCUUGGCGCCAACAAUAUAACCAGCAUCCAGGCUAAUGCAUUCACAAACUUAAAGCAGCUACGAACAUUGUGGCUGAACUCCAACAACAUAAACACCAUUCAGGUUGGUACAUUCUCAAAUCUGCCAAAGCUUGCCUGGUUGAAUCUUGACUCUAAUCAAAUAUCCAGCAUUCCGGUUGGUGUAUUCUCAGAUCUACCCCAGAUCUGUUUCUUGCAUCUUGCCUACAACCAAAUAACCAGCAUUCAGGUUGGUUUAUUCUCAAAUCUACCCCAGCUUCGUUGGUUGAACCUUGGCUCGAACCAAAUAAGCAGCAUUCAUACUGGCACAUUUUCAAAUCUACCCCGCCUCGAUACGUUGAACCUGACCUCCAACCAAAUAACCAGCAUUCAGGUUGGUUUAUUCUCAAAUCUACCCAAGCUUCGUUUGUUGAACCUUGGCUCGAACCAAAUAAGCAGCAUUGAUACUGGCACAUUCUCAAAUCUUCCCCGCCUCCAAACGUUGAACCUUACCUCCAACCAAAUAUCCAACAUUCAGGUUGGCACAUUCUCAAAUCUACAAAAGCUUUUAAUACUGUCCCUCAGCUCCAAUCAAAUAACCAGCAUCCAGGUUGGUGUAUUCUCAAAUCUACCCCGGGUCCGUUUGUUGAACCUUGCCUCCAAUCAAAUAACUAGCAUUCGGACUGGCACAUUCUCAAAUCUACCCCAUCUUUUAAAAUUGUACCUUAACUCCAAUCAAAUAACCAGCAUCCAGGUUGGUGUAUUCUCAAAUCUACCCCGGGUCCGUUUGUUGAACCUUGCCUCCAAUCAAAUAACUAGCAUUCAGACUGGCACUUUCUCAAAUCUACCCCAGCUCCAGGAUUUGUACCUGCAGUCAAAUCAGCUAUCUGUCCUUCCCCUAUCAGCCAAUGACACAUUGGCAUCAAUUCCUGGGUUACGUAUUGACAACAACCCCUGGCAGUGUGACUGUAAGAUGGCUCCCUUUUGGCAAAACCUGAUUGAAGUCCCUGCAGUCCACAGCCAAAUGACGUGUGCCCAACCUGCCAAUCUUUCAGGACAAAAACUUAAAGAUAUCAGUCUAAAAAACCUGUCCUGUAAUGAAUCAACCAAAUCAACAUCCCUUGUUGAAGCCCGAAACUCAUCUGCAGUGUCACCAUUUUCAUAUGGAAUAACAGAAAACAAAGUAAGGCCAACAGCACGCCCUGUAGGCUGCACAUUUGCCACACCCCCCACCGAUCCCAAAUUAAAAAGUGCUAACAACUGUUACCAUGGCACCACCAGCUACUGGUACUUUAAACGCCAUGUUGAUUCGACAGUUGGCACCGAAUUGCUAAAUUCAACCGUUGCUGUCACCUGUGCUUCCCACGAAUCUGGUCCGAGUUUCCCCCAAGUACCGGUUAUCACUUUAGCUGUUGUUGGUCCAGUGGUAUGUCUCGCUAUCGCUGUCAUUUUCACAAUCGUGUGCAAAAGUAGGGUGAGGAAUUCUGAUUCAGGUUCCAAUUCCCAACCUCCUUCGCACAACACACACACCACAGCUGCUGAAAACCGGGACAGCAAUGUGGACAACACACACACCACAGCUGCUGUAGUAACUAGUAGUCCUGACCACCAGUACGAAGAUAUAGACCAACAUGAUCAGAUAGGGCAAGGGGCGAAUAAACCACCAAAGGCCCCAACGUCACCGGCCACAGAAAUAAACUGUGGUCAUGAUCAGACAGGACAGGGCCAGUCCCAGGCUCUCACUAAAUCAUCCACAGAAACUACAGCUGUUGUGGUACCUCGUGGUCCUGAUCACGAGUAUGAAGAUGUACACCAGUAUCACUAA